AUGAUUUCAAAAUUAGCAAAAUAAAUUUUAAAUAUUACAGUAAAAAAACCAUAAGUCUUUAAACCAGCUAUCUUUGCAAGAUAAGCUUGCUCAUUUAACUUUACUAGCUUAGAAACAGUUAAAAAAAGUGAAUCAAGACUUUUAAAAGCAGUAUAAAGAGAAAUUUAAUAUGAAACUGAAAAUUAUUAAUAAGAUUCUUCUAUUUAAGAAUUCUUAAAAGAACAUAACUUUACUUUAAAAGAAGAUUAAAACUCUAUCUUUAUUGAAUUACAUAAAGAUAUAGGUGAAAACAAAGUCUAAAUAUUAUUUUAAGCUAAAUCACCUUAAACUGAUGAACAAAUGCCUGAAAAUGAAGGCUAAGAAAAUCAAUAAUAACAAUAAUAAUAAUAAGAUUAAUAAAAUGAAGAAGAAUAAUAAUAAUAAUUAUCUGAUUAUAGUGAUUUUAUUGUUUAUAUUGCGAAACCGAAUGGAAAAUCAAUGGUUUUCGAUUGUAGCUCAUUUGAAUCUGAAAUUUAAGUAAAUUAAGUUAAUGUUGUAGAUAAUAUAGAACAACAUAAAGCUAUAAAUAGAUUUGAAAGGGCUACAACUUAAUAUAAUGGUCCUGACUUCAAUGUUUUAGACGAAAGAUUAUAAACAAGUUUAGUUGAAUUUUUGAAAAGCAAUGGAGUAAAUGAAGAAAUAGCAGCUUUUAUUGAGCAUUUCUCUUUAGAUAAAGAAUAAAGACUUUACAUGAAAUGGCUUAAAUAAGUUUAAGAAUUCAUGAAUUGA